AUGCACUUCUGCAUAUUUGAUUCUUCUGAAGCCAAAAAAUUUUUUUUCCAGAUUUUCAGGUUAUAUAGGUCAAUGUUAGAAGAAAUUGAACACUCUUGUUUCUUCUGUGCCAAUUCCAUGUUGGAUGAAAGUGGUCAGAAUGUCAUUGGCAGGCAGCGUGCUACAGAACUGAAUCAAAUUGUCAUGUUCUUUCACCCUUCUGGUGUCUGUGUUAUGCGAGGAUCAAAACCAGGCAAAAAUGUCCAGCUUCAAGAGAAUGAAAUUAGAGGACUGUGCUUGAAAUCCAGAGAAAUCUUUCUGAGUCAGCCUAUUCUACUAGAACUUGAAGCUCCACUGAAAAUAUGUGGUGACAUCCACGGACAGUACUAUGACUUGCUUCGACUCUUUGAGUAUGGAGGUUUUCCACCAGAAAGCAACUACCUGUUCCUUGGUGAUUAUGUUGACAGAGGAAAACAAUCUUUAGAAACAAUUUGUCUUCUACUGGCCUACAAAAUUAAAUAUCCAGAGAAUUUUUUCCUCCUCCGAGGGAACCAUGAAUGUGCCAGCAUCAAUAGAAUUUAUGGGUUUUAUGAUGAAUGUAAGAGAAGAUACAAUAUUAAGCUGUGGAAAACCUUCACAGACUGUUUUAACUGUUUACCAAUUGCAGCUAUUGUGGAUGAGAAAAUAUUCUGCUGUCAUGGGGGUUUGUCACCAGACCUUCAGUCAAUGGAGCAGAUAAGGCGAAUUAUGCGCCCCACUGAUGUACCAGAUCAAGGUCUACUUUGUGAUUUGUUGUGGUCUGACCCCGACAAGGACGUCUUAGGAUGGGGUGAAAAUGACAGAGGAGUGUCCUUCACAUUUGGUGCUGAAGUGGUUGCUAAGUUUCUCCAUAAACAUGAUUUGGAUCUCAUAUGUAGAGCUCAUCAGGUUGUUGAAGAUGGAUAUGAGUUCUUUGCAAAAAGGCAGUUGGUAACUCUCUUUUCUGCCCCAAAUUACUGUGGAGAAUUUGAUAAUGCGGGUGCCAUGAUGAGUGUGGAUGAAACUCUAAUGUGCUCUUUUCAGAUUUUGAAACCUGCAGAGAAAAAGAAACCCAAUUCCAGCAGACCUGUAACGCCUCCCAGGGGUAUGAUCACAAAACAAGCAAAGAAAUAGUCACUUUGGCGCUGCCUUGUUGGGACUUGUAUUAUAGAAUAUAACCUCCAUUUUUAAAACUGUAAUGUGUUACUGUUCAGCUUGCUCAAAAUAGAUAACGUGUUUGUGGUUUUCCUUUUGAUUUGAUGAAUGGCAUUUGCUGGUUGUAACAGCAAAUGAAAGACUUUCCUCCCUCCCAGGAAAAGAGUUUUAAACUUUCCUUUUGUUGGUGUUACAGCUGUACACUCCACAGCAUCCUAUCCUGUCGUUAUGGGUAAUUGUACAACUGACUUCCUGAAUCUGUACAAUGAGUAGUGUAAAUGCUUGAUUUCUUCUUUAGGAUCUAAAGAGGGCACUAGUGUGCUGUGAGAGUAGAAGUUUGUUACUGUCAGGAAUUACAUACUGUUUAUACAAACCACUGUGAACUUUUUUUACGUUAAAUUUUGUUUUAAAGGGAUUGCUUUUCUUUUAAUGUCUUGUCAUGUACACGUUAGUUUUAUUGCUGUCAACAUUAGAGAUAACCUUCCACCUUGCCAGCAUCACUGGUAUGAUGUAUAUUUAAUACAGACACACACCCCUCUCCGUAUACUUCAAAUGACAAUUAAAGCCAUUAUUUUAAGUGUUUGUGUCUCUUUCCUGAAGCCAAAGUUCGCUUAGAAAACUGUUCGUACACGACCCACCACACUGAGUUGGCAGGACUUCCCAUUCACGCCUUCCUCUUGGAGAUAAAAGGAAGUCCUGGCUUGAAAUAGUACGUAGAAAUGCUGUGCUGUUUAGUCUGUUCACGGCAAAAGUAAACACAUUUUUGUACAGUUUCCGUAUGUUCGAUCAAGUCAACCGUUGUACAGUGGCACCAGUCCUGCGGCAGCCAGCGUCAGAAAGCU